AUGUCUUCCACCGAGGCCAUCGUCUACUCGACACUGGACAUCACUGAACGAACAGUUCUUCCUCGGUCCGACGAUGAGUCUCUCUGGGACAAAGUCCAGCCCACCGCCGCCGUCGAGUGCCCCGAAGCCCUGCUCCUGGCCUGGCCGAUCUUCGGGCCCAUCACCGACAUCGCCGUCCUCGAUAGCACAGCUGCCUCAGGCGAGGCACUCAAGAACCGUCAAUCGUUUGUGAUCGAGAAUCCGGACGGUUCUAAGACGUUUCACCCCGUGGCCUUGCUGCCUGCUACCUACCCUCUCCUGUCCCGCAUCGUGGCAUCUGUCGGCAUAUUUGACGAAUUCCUCGCGGUCAGCGAGAGGAUGACGGAGUUGCACGAAUUUGACUGGGACAACAUCGAGGAGGCUCAGCGCGCGGGCGUUACAAAGUUCUACUGCUGCGACGAGGAGUGCAAGAGCCAACUGCCAUGGACGGACACGAAGUUUUGGGUUUCUGGUCUCUGGGGGACGGAUGUACUGCGCCAGGGCGGCAUUGGCUCUGGGGAGCAGUCUAAGUGGAAUCCUGAGACAGGAGAGGGAUGCCCGCAGACGGAGGAGGAGUGGGAAGAGCUUUUGGAGAUGGCAAGGAAGAAGCAACGGGCGAUGGCGGCCAUAAGCCAGGGAUGGUAG